CUUCGUCGUCAAGCUCUCCCCAUCCUUUCAUUUUCUUACAAUUUUUGCAACAAAACCAAAGUGUUUUUUAGCUUAGAUCUCAGAGCAGGAAAACAUGCAGUCUAAUUCACAAGUCAACCGACGCAUUGCAAGAAUUUCAGCCCAUCUCCAGCAUCCCACUUCCCAGAUGGAGGAGAAUUCGGGGUUGACGCGGGCAAAUUGUCGGGCGAAGGGUGGCUCACCUGGGUUCAAGGUGGCUAUCCUGGGUGCUGCAGGAGGGAUUGGGCAGCCUCUAGCAAUGUUGAUGAAGAUGAAUCCGUUAGUUUCGGUGCUUCAUCUCUAUGAUGUGGUCAAUACUCCCGGUGUCACCGCUGACAUUAGCCACAUGGACACCGGUGCUGUGGUCCGUGGAUUUCUGGGGCCUCAGCAGUUAGAGGCAGCUCUUACAGGCAUGGACCUCGUAAUUAUUCCAGCAGGUGUUCCUAGGAAACCUGGAAUGACAAGGGAUGAUCUGUUCAACAUCAAUGCUGGAAUUGUUAAGACCCUUUGUGAGGGAAUAGCAAAGUGUUGUCCACAAGCUAUUGUCAACUUGAUUAGUAACCCUGUUAACUCUACAGUUCCAAUUGCUGCAGAAGUUUUCAAGAAAGCUGGCACUUUUGAUCCAAAGCGGCUUUUGGGAGUCACAAUGCUUGAUGUUGUUAGAGCCAAUACCUUUGUGGCGGAGGUUUUGGGGCUUGAUCCCAGAGAAGUAGAUGUUCCAGUUGUAGGGGGACAUGCUGGGGUUACUAUCUUACCUCUUCUAUCCCAGGUUAAGCCUCCCUGCUCUUUCACCCAAAAAGAAAUUGAUUAUCUGACUGAUCGCAUCCAAAAUGGUGGAACAGAAGUUGUUGAGGCCAAAGCUGGUGCUGGAUCCGCAACAUUAUCAAUGGCAUACGCUGCGGUUAAAUUUGCUGAUGCAUGCCUCCGGGGCCUAAGGGGAGAUGCUGGUAUUGUCGAAUGUGCAUUUGUGGCCUCUCAUGUGACUGAACUACCCUUCUUUGCAUCCAAAGUACAGCUUGGCCGAUCUGGAGUCGAGGAAGUAUAUCCUCUUGGCCCCUUAAACGAGUAUGAGAGAGUGGGUUUGGAGAAGGCAAAGAAAGAAUUAGCGGCGAGCAUUGAGAAGGGGUUUUCCUUCAUCAGGAAAUGAUUAUGUGACAAUAACUCAAAUUCGCUUUCAGAUACAUACAUGAUAGUAUUUUACUAUGAUCUAAUAAACAAGAUUUCAAGAAAUAAGUGACAAAGUGGUACACAAAUCAUCUGAUAUUGGUUUGCAGGCAAAGUGGCAAACCAACAGGGCAGGAGCAGAGAGAUGUAUGUGAAUGAACUUAUUGUAAUAUAUCGAUGAACAAUUUGUAAAUUAGGGACAUGUAUUUUUUUUUUAAAGUUUUGUUUAAUAUGGUUGUGAUUUUGAGUUUUUAAUUUUAGUUUUCAGUAAUUUAAAAUCUUUAAAAUAAAAUUAAAUAGUUUUA